AUGGGCGAUUUAAUUAAAUUAAAUAAUUUGGCUAGUAUGUAUGCGAAAUUUCUUGGAAUUAAAAACAAGUGGGUUAUUAGCAACUGUUGUCGCAAUGAAUGUAUAAAUAUGGAUAAACCUAUUGGUAGUUGUAUUGAAGGAUGUGGAUAUGUAAAUUUAAUUAAUGAUGAAAAUAUUAAAUAUUUUGUUAAUUAUCGGGAAGGAGGUAAAUUAUUGAAUUUUUAA